AUGCGUGUGGUGCUUCUCGGGAUGACCUCAUGUUCGGGACCUUUGCUUACAGGCCCGAAUGCUACUGACCAGCUAGCCAGAGAGGCUACAGAUGAGGCUGGCUUUGACCCGAGGCUCGCCGGUGAGGGUUUAGUGAGCGCCCUUUGGGAAUACGAGCAAAAUAUCUUCUUGGUUUGCCACUGCCGUUACAGGUCUUGGCGGAUAGCGGAUGCCAAGAGGAGACUACGCGGCGCUGCGCUGGAGGGAUCGGCGGCGUGUGCGGAUCGAGGGGGAUCGGACGCGGGAGGGCGGGGGAAGUUGCGAGCUUGCCGCCUGAAGAAGAGCAUGCUGCGGGAGGUUGAUAGGAGGGGUUUCGGAGAGCGGUUGGUCUCUGCAAAUUUCGUCUGUGGUCGGAUUUCCGGCGUUGGGGCGCUGGUGCUAGGUCGCGGUGCGGCGCUACAGACCGCUAUCUGGGUUACGAACUGCCGCCAUAGUUUCCGCAGCGACGGGAGAGCGAUUGCACAACCUGAUAGCUUGCGCAAUAAGCUGGAGCUAUUGAGCGACCCUGAUGCUACGUACGUUGAAGCAAAAGAUCCCAGUGCAGGAUUGGCUUGCCAAGGCGAUGUGUCUGAGUUGUGA